GCGGGGGGGCGCCGUCGGAUCAUGGCCAAGGAGCUGAGCCAAGCCGAGCUGCUGGAUUUCCUGUGCCAGGCCGGAGGGCGGGUGGCCAACGCCGCCUUGCUGGGCCACUUCAAGGGCUUCCUGCGCGACGCCGCCGCCUGCCCCGAGGAGCUGCGCCGCCGGCGGGAGCUCUUCAAAGGCUUCGUCAACUCGGUGGCCACCGUCAAGCAGGAGGCGCCCGGCGGGGCCAAGUACGUGGUGCUCAGGAAGAGGUUCCGCGAGCUCGUCGGCGAGGAGCCCCAGCCCCCCGACGGCCGCCCCCGACAGCAGCCGCGCCCAGGCCAGGCGGAAGGCGCGCCCAGGGCGCACGGCGACCGCCGCGGGGAGCGUCCCCGGAACCGCGCCGAGGAGGAGGCGGAAGAAGCCCCGAGGAGCCGCACCUGCGCAGCCUCGCCCCGGGACCUCCGCGCUCCCCCGACGGAGCUCGGAGGGCGACCCGGGCCGCGGCUCCUUCCCAAACCCGCGCCGAGCGGCCCCCCGGCACCGUGCGCCCUACCCGCGGGCGAGAGGCGCAGCCAACAGAACGGCACCGGCGGCCCUCCCGGGGAUCCGCCCGCCCUCCGGGGCGAGGCGCCGCAGGCCAAUGGGCCGGCCUUCCCCGUCGGGGCCCCGGGCGCGCCGCCAAGCCCCGGCCUCCAGCGGCGGAUCCGCGAGUGGGUGGCCCGGGCGCACGAGGUUGCCCUCCAACCCGACGCCGCCUCCGAGGAAAGCCCCUGGCCCGCCCGGCCCUCGCCGCCCAGCACCUGCGCUUCGCUCUCCCUCGACUCCCAGGACGACUGGCGGGAGCGCUUGCCGGUCUUCCGCAGCAUCCGAUGCCAGCUGGCCCUGCAAGACCUGGACGAGUUCGUGGAGCAGGAGAGCCCCGCCAGCGAGGACGGCAGCAGCGGCAGCAGCAGCGACUCCUGUCGGGGGGAAGGCGAACCGCGCUGCCCGCCCGCUCUUGCCCCUGCUGGGCAGAACGGCUGCCUGAGAAAUCCAAGAGGGGUCGCCAGGCCUGGAGCAGAAGGACCGCCCUGCAAGCUCCCAGCCAAUGGGCUGGUGGGGCUACCCACCGAAACAAGCGCGCCGCCAUCGCAGGGGUCCCCGGUCUCAGGGCGCCUCGCCUUGCACGGUCAGAUUACUCUGGGAUCUUUGGAUAAAGCCCCCAGGAGACCCAAUGGGCACUUGCCGAAGGCCAGGAAGGUGGCACGCUUGCCUUCUCCAAAUUUGGAUGCUCCCCUAAGUCCACAACUAGCCCAUCAGCAAGACUCCCUGAGCGGCACGCUGUCGGUGGAAGGGCUGGGCCCGGACACGGAUGGUUCCCUCGAACACAGAUCUUCCUUGGUCCCUCUGGAACCCCGAGAGCACGCCUGGCUGGUUAAGGUGGCCACAGGGUCGUGGCUCCAGGCCCGGGCCCUCUUUCUGGAAGACCCCCACCUCGCCACCCGCAAGGACUUCAUUUCCGGCUACACGGUGCUCCAUUGGCUGGCCAAGCACGGCAACGCGCAGGUGCUACUGGAUUUUGUCACCGGGGCCUGGAAAGCUGGCGUGGCCCUGGACGUCAACAUCAAGUCUGGCUGCGGCUACACCCCACUGCACCUGGCUGCUAUGCAUGGCCACCAGCUGGUGAUCCGGCUGCUGGUGCAGAAGCUGCAGGGCCGGACCCAGGUGCGAGACAGCAGCGGCAAGAGACCUUGGCAGUACCUCAGCAGCAAUACCUCGGGGGAGAUAUGGCAGCUCUUGGGGGCGCCCAGGGGCAAAACCAUCUUCCCCGCCCACCCGAUUGCCAAGAACUCCGCUCCUGCCCAGAGGGGCAAGAGUCCAGAGCUGGGGAGAAAGAUAAGCAGGAAAACGUCUCUGGCUGCCUAUUUGAAACCGCAGCACAUUAAGCGGAAAAUGGCCAACAAGUAUCUGGCGCUGCAGGAGAGGGAGGAAUACAGUGACUAAAGAUUGGUGCAGUGGGCCUGGGGGUGCCCAAUUUGGGGGGAAUUUGUCAAGCCUGUUGGGGUGGUUGUCUUUGGUCAGAAGACCAGAGAAAGAGCACUUUAUAUGUCCAAUGGGAAAUGCUGGAAUCGUGUUGUUCUUGUUUUAUUUAACUGGGAAGCUUUUAAACACGGCACGGUUCUUUUUUUACUGUGAUCCUAAGAACAACUCAGUUUAUGGAGGCAUCUGGGAAUGUCCACUGUUUCCUGAUGGGUCCCAUUCUUGAGGACUUACACUCUCAGUUCUCUCCCACAGGAAUCUCCGGGAUUAGAUUUGGGACAAUCCGUCCCUCCGUCCCAUCAGAAUUGCUACACAAACAACAAAGGAACCGGAGUCCGUUGUUUGUUGAAUUCUUCCCGUGGAUCUAAUGCGGAAGGAGGGCCGGCACUGAAACCGCGCUUGGAGUAUCCCGAAUGCCAUUUAGGGGCGGUUGUUGAGCAGAGCUGUCAUUUGCAGGGCAAAUGUUCUGAUUGCAAUUUUAAUGAUUUGCCUUUGGGAGCAAGAGACGGGCAGGCAGAUCAGGGCAUGCCACGAAGGCGGGGAUCAUCUUGUCAAAGAUGAGUUUUUAAUCCUGCAAACCUUUUUGGCAGCGGUUGGCCAUGAUCCUGGUAUCUCACCGGAGAUCAAAGAAAUGCCUUUAUCUGGCCCUUCUCCCCGGCCCCGGGGCUGAGGAAGACUUGACAAAGCUGGCCUCUGUUUGCUACUGUUUUAAACGCACUGUUAAUAAAUCUUUUUAUUGCUGCUUCAUA